AUGCGUCGCGCCCGUAUGCCAAUUCUUACCAUGUGUCGAUGGGUACGUAGACGAGCCACGCUUCCACCGACGCAGUCUAGUGAGCACGGUAUUUUAGACGAAGGGACAACGUUCGCCGAUGUACAUUCUGUCGUCUUAGAUCCCAUAUCGAAGCUACCGUAUCCGGAAAAACUCGUGAAAGAUCACGUGGAGAAGACGUCAAGUGAAUUGCUGAAGGAGAGAAAUCAAGCGAAGUGA